AUGCAGAUAGCCGCUUCCAAACCCUACCUUGAGCAAGUACGAACUGAAUUGUCAUUAUUUCCGAACCCAAACGAGGCUAUGUUGCCCAUCCUGCUCGAUGAUUCGGCACAGUCCGAUGCAGCCGCGGAGAGUGGCUGUGAGCAAAUGGCUGACCCUCUGUCCAUCGCAGCAAGCAUAGCAGGUCUCAUCGCGCUGACCGAAGAACUAUUUCAAAUUGUCUGCAAAUUCAGCCGCGAAGCCAAGGACGCCAAGAAGGACAUCACAUCCCUCUCUUCCGAAAUCCGAAGCCUAUCCGUUCUCCUCUACGAUCUCUCGUUGCUCGCUCGAUCUUUCGAAGACGAUCGGUUGGAUACAUUUUUUCGGCUUCACCAUGUCAACGCCUGCCGCCAGACCGUGCAGGAUGCGAAAACACGGUUGGAGAAGGCGGCUGCUGGAAUGAACGGCAGCCUCACUCGGGCUGUCAUCACCCGCUUGAAAUGGCCGUAUACGAGCGAGGACGUUACGAAACUGGUGGAGGAGAUCUCGCGACACAAGGAAACUAUGACCCUUGCGCUCUCGGCAGACUCGAUGAAAACAAUGUUGAAAGCCCUAUCUAAGCAGGAUGAGCUCGCCAACGGAAUCGAACAGCUUCACAACGUACAAACUCGAAUUGUGGUGGACAAGUACCGACUGGAUAUCUUGGACUUUUUCAUGCGCUAUAAUCCCCAGCCGAAUCUGAAAACGAACCUCCAGCUCCGACACCCAUUGACGGGGUUAUGGUUGACGGACGGGAAUGAGUUUCAGACCUGGCUUCACUCUCAGAAUGGCAAGCUCUGGUUGAGCGGUAUUCCCGGGGCUGGGAAAACGGUCCUGGCGGGAUCGAUGAUUGAAGAAUGUCUCAAGAAGGCACUGCAUGGGUGCAGGGCUUGCUGUUUCUUCUUCUGCGAUUACCAGGAGCCUCAAACCCAAGACCCGAUUAACAUUUUGAGUUCCCUGGCCUCCCAGCUCGCCAGGCAGAAUGAUGAGGCCUUCGAAAUCCUCGCAGCAUACUACGCGUCUCUCCACCCUCAGAAGGGGCUUCCCAGUACACCGGAUCUAGCCUCGCUCAUAGACACGCUCAGCGAGAUGUCCGCGGUCUUUGAUCAGGUCUUGAUGGUUGUCGAUGGCCUGGAUGAAUGUGGUCCCGAGUCCUCAGUGACUGAGGAUCUUUUCUCACUGGUGCAAAACUCACCGACCAUCUCCAUGGCGCUGCUCAGCCGCCCAUUGCAUGACAUUCGCCUUGUACUGCAAGAAACGUUCAGCCAUAUCGAGAUUGCCGCACAAAGCGGCGAUGUGCAGCUUUAUGUGCGAGCUCAACUAAGGGACAAAAUUCAGAGGCGUAAGCUUUUCCUUCGGCGGGAGAGCUUGGAAGGCGAGAUAGUCCAAGCAUUGAUUUCCGGGGCGCAGGGAAUGUUUCGAUGGGUUAGCUGCCAGUUGGACUAUCUCUCCAAGCUACACACCGAUGGGGAAAUAAGAGAGGCAUUGGGAAAGCUGCCUCCGACCCUUAAUGCAACCUAUGAACGAAUUCUGCAUGACACCCCCCCGGCCUCAGUGCAUGUCAUGCAAAUGACCCUCAGGCUUGUGGCCGCUGCCCCACCCCAACUUACCGUUGCUCAGCUCUGUGAUGCGUUAUCGCUCAGAGAUGGUAAAACGUACAUAGAUGAUGAUGAUUGCCUCGACGAAGAAGUAGUACUCAGGGUUUGCGGAAGCCUUCUCCGAAAGUCGAGCUACAAGGAGUCCUUUGAAUUUGCCCACUUCACCGUGCGGGAGUUUCUUGAAUCCACUUCGUUGCUGCAAACAUCCCUGGCGUUGUAUCAUAUCACGUCGAAUGACGACUGGUUUCUCAUCCAGUUCUGUCUUCGUUUUCUUUGUCUUGAUAACUUCAGACAGCCAUUUUUGUCACCUCGAGACGUUUUCGAUCGUGUCCACAAGGUGCGCAGCGAGCAUCCUUUCUAUAACUGCGCAACUUGGAUGUGGCCACCCUUGUUUCGAUACAGUCGCGAUCGGGUAAAGGCCUCAUAUGAUCACCAUCGGCCGGAAGGUUACGAGCCUCGCGCGUGCAUCGUCGAGGCCUUGUCACUUGCCCACCAAUUGUUUCAUCCCGAGAAAACCCCAGAGUUCCUGCUAUGGUCUGCUAAUUAUACCCGCAUGUUCCGGGAGCGUCUCAAUUUUAGCGACAGUUUUGGGUAUUCGGAAAUGGUCAGAAAGCUUUUUCACGGUGACUUCCAACCUUUACACAUGGCCAGUAUACUAACGCUGGAGGAUCUCAUCACCCCAUACCUUUCUUCCCCUGAGUCCUUCAUGGUCAAAAAUACCUUCCCUUCCCCGGCACAGUGCUUUCUCCUCGGUACGCCUACGCUUCUGCCCGAUGCGCCGGGCCACUUGGCCGAUAAAGACGCCGAGAACCAUCCCCCAGAAUUGCUGAAGCCGUUCUGCGACGAGUGGAUGGGUCCCUCGACAUCAGCUCGCAUUUGGAUUGAGCUCUUGAAAGCGCUUGCCGAAGCAACUCCUAUCACACAGCAGCAGGUCACGUUUACUUCAAUGACGUACUCUGUCCUGGAUCUGCUCUGCCACCGGUGCCGUGAAGAUCCAGUCGACCUUGCUCAACAGUUUCUACAUUUUCUGUUGCCUGGUAGCAAGGUCAACCACCGUUCGCUCCGGCAUCUACGAAGCACAUUUGCGGAUAACUAUUGGCGAUACGAAAAUGAUGGCCUGGAAUCGGUGUUAUCGGAAACGCUAGAUGGCAUAUAUGAAAAGUCAAAAGCAAUGAACUGGGACGAUGGCACUUUAUCGCUCCUGCGUGACCAGCUAGAUGACAUCCGAAUCAUCUGUCACCUGCCUGCGGACCAGGAAUCACCCGCGAAGGGCUUGGACCUUGGUGACAAAGACUACGACUUGAGGCUCACCAAGUCUGUGAACUAUGAGAAUAUAUCCAGGCUUGAUGAACUCUCUUCGGAUCCCAGACUGAAGACGUAUCAUCAAAGGAACAGGCUAGGUGGGUCUUUAUUGCACGUAGCUGCUGCCAAAGACUCCUUUCGAGCACUUCAGUAUCUUCUUAACCUUGGCCUGGACCACGAGUACCAGGAUAAGAGUGGAAAGCGCCCUUUGCAUCUCGCAGGCCCGCAGUGCAUACGCGUUCUCAUCGACCUUGGCGCCUCGGAUAGUGUACCAGACCACGAGGGUAAUUCCGUUUGGCACCUGGCAGCGGAGGGUGAUGGUGGGCAACUCAGUGCUCUGCUGGAUUCUGGCCACUCAUUGCCGAUGGCAACUCGGUUGCAGGAUAUCAACAAUGCAGGAUACACCCCCAUGGCGCUUGCACUGUCGAAAGCAAACGUUGAAAACGCGCUUCUAUUAUUACCUCAUUGUCGUAGCCUUGCCUGCUUCGCCGGACCACUGAAUCCGUACGUCGCAGCGCUCCAGGCCGGAUUACAUGAAGUCAUGGAGCAACUUGUCGCAAUGAACAGUCCUCUAGAAGAGGGUACAUCGCCUAUUCAUCAUGUUACCCCUGGGUCUUCUACAAAGUGUAUUCGCUUAUUGAAGACGCUUCGUGCCGAUUGGACUAGCACACGGCAUGGAGGUAUACUCCCAAUCGAGGGCCUUUUUCGACAACUGCCCAAGUUUCGUGGUUGCCUGGAACAAGAUUUGUUGGUUGAGCUCCUCCCGGCGGUGGACUCCCUGAAGGUGGAAUGUUUUGAGUACUUUUGCUCCCACGUCAUUCCGAGGUUUGGCUUGGACAAGGACCAGGAGACCAGCCAUGGCUCGAAGGACGAUGGUGAGGACGACGCUGUUCUUGUCUUCGCUGCCUCGCUAGAGACUGUGUUUACUGUUUUUCUUGACCACGGCGUCCUUGAUGCGUACGAGGACCGUCAUCAGCAGCCGGCUUUCCAGCCACUGCUCGACAUGCUGCUUGACUGUACUGGCAACAAGACUUUGGCCUGGGAUACUAUGAGCACUCUUGAUUCCAUUGUCCUUCGCAUGUUGAAGUCAUCUGAAGCCGAAAGUAACAUCACACCAUUGGCUAAUCCCUUGACUUUGAUCUGCGUCGCGGCUUAUGCAGAGUGGGAUGAUGUUUUGAGUGAGGUGCUUGGUUCUGGCGCUAAAGUCCAAGGGCAGGUCAAAGGACAGUCACCUAUCGAGUUCGUUUGUCAAGCGGGCAGCCAGUGCUCACUCUCGGCAUUUGAACUCCUCCUCUCUCGGACUAAUAUCGAAGAAUUAGAGAGACGAAACCCCCGCUCCGAUCCUAGCUUGAUUCAUCUUCUCGCCACCAACGACGUACGAGGCAAGGUGAAGAAGCUGAAAGUGCUUCUAGACAAAGGCCUAAACCCAAACGUUUGCCAUGAUUAUGACCUCACGCCGGCGGUUGUCCAUCACGUCUGGGAAUCUUCCCACGCGACCACCAUGGCUCUACUAAAAUCCGGCGCUGACCCGGACCUCUCCUGCACCGAUGGGCUCAAUGUGAUGUUGGCCAUGGUGUGGAUGGACGAUAUUCGUGGACUCCGAGCACUACACGAGAUACACCCGAAACUGGAUUGGCACAGAACGGUCUCAUUGCAUCCGCGUUUCUGUAAUGAUAAGUUUUCGACCCUUGUUAAGGAAAGGCAGAUUCCCCAUUGCAAUGCACUGCAUCUUGCCGCGGCUGCCGACUCGCCAAGGUGCCUCAAAUACUUAAUUCAACAGGAGUUGUUAACCGACAUCAAUGCAACAACGGACCUUGGGUAUACCUGUGCGCACUUGGCAGCUGGGCUUGACAAGGGCCAAAAGAUCCUGAAGUAUCUCGCUUCAAAAUCAUGCGAUAUCAAUGCAUUGAGCGACCUGCGGGAGACGCCACUUGACAUAGCAAUCCAAUGCGACGUCCCGCAGGGUGUCAUUGACUGCCUCUUGGAACUGGGUGCGAAACCCGGUGUCGCGACAGAUGAAAUGCUCCUACAGGAAGACGAUGACGCGGACGACAUGAGAGUGCUUGGACUACUUGAAGAUGGCAACCUGGUUCAACUGUACGAUAAACGAUUUAUUACCACGCAGAGGCUGCGUCUCUUGGGCAAGGCUAUAAAAACCGCUGAUAUUCCCACAUGCAUACGUCUGCAGGCCCAGGGAUGUCCGCUCAAUGUUCCCCUACCGAUACAUGAUCGUCUGCCGAUCAUGUGGGCUCUGCACUACGCGCAACCAUCCAUGGUCCGGUGGCUACUGAACAACGGCGGCGGCGAUUGGGCACUUAAUCCGAAACAGCCAGGUGAGGGUCCCGUUCAGUUUGCCUUGCGGGAUCCCGAGAUGAAUGUGGUCCUCCCGAUGUUGAUGUCGCAUUACGAGGACUUAUGGCCCGAGUGGCUUAGUGGAGACUGGCCUGCUCUCAAUUCAGCGAUAGCAAUGUCCAAUAUGGAUGGAUUGAAAGAGAUCUUGCGGUUCCUUGACCAAUUUCCUCACCGUCCUAGGCGCAUGAGCUCUAUGGUUCCGAGCGCGGCGGAAAUCAUCAACGCAUACGAGCCGCUUCCAGCCGUUCAUGAAGCCGUCUAUCGAGACGACGUAGAGGCCUUACGAAUUUUGUUGAAUCACGGGGCUGACAUCAACAUCAGGGACAAAGAAGGGCUAAGUCCUUUGCACAAAGCAGUCAAGCAUAAGGCACAUGAAUGCAUGCGGUAUCUGCUCCAACAUGGCUGCUCCUGGAACGUUUCUGCUGCAAGUUCAACCUUGCGACCUGGCACGCCUCUGGAGUAUGCUGUCGUAGACGACGAUCUGGAAAGUAUACGGCUUCUGCUGGAUUACGUGCCAAACUCCGCCUGGAGUCAUGCCAGCGUUUCUCCCUGGAAUUUGGUCAUGUCCAGUGAGGCCCUGGCGCUCUUACUCAACAACAACCUUCCUCUCCCUUCGAACCUCCAGGACAAACAAACAGCCUUCGCUGCAGCCCUGCUAAAGCCCGAGUUACAAAACUAUAUCCUCCACAGUAAUCUCAUUGCGGAACUUGGAGUUGAUCAGUACGAGAUGCCCGAGCAUUUCCACUCCUACGCCAUUCCCUACAUACCACGGAUGCUCCGUGUCCUUGGAAAGCGCACAAUGCGGACUAUGUUCCCGACCGAGCGCCUCAAUCGCGACAGCCUCCUCUGCGUGGCGUCUGCGCAAGGACUCCUCAAACCUUGUCAGGCUUUACUUUUAAUGGACGCAGAGCUGGACUUCGAAGGCCACCAGCUCGGCUCUGCACUCAUGGUUGCAUGCGCGGGUGGCCAGAUGGACGCUGUCAAAUUCCUUGUCCGGGCCGGUGCCAAAACGCGAUAUUUCAGCACCAGAGACAACCAGUGGAAGUCGUCGCUCUCUUGUGCUGAGUUCUAUCCGCUCAUCCAGCGCUGGCUCCUGGUCGAUCGGUAUCUUGAUCAACGGAAGCUUACCUCCGCGCCUCAUUCAGCAUCGCCUCGGGACAUACGGCCCUGGAGCGGCGGGGCAUAUGCUGAGCUUCCUUGUGUCGGAGAUCGUGUUUUGCGGGGUAAUGAGUCGUGUUUUCAUUACGCUGUUCGUCUUGCUGCGAUUCGGCGCUCGUAUCGCGGGAAGGUUGUUUAUUAUCCGGUGCGAUUUGGUGGAAUGGCUGGGUAG